UCUUUAUUCAAAGAAGAUUUUUUUUUAAAUCAUUGCCUCUAUCUCAAAAAAGAUUCGAUUAUUGAGAAAAUAAUUACCGUCGGCCAAAAAAGGGCAAACUCCCUUUUUUCUGUGGGCUACUCCUCUUAAAACACGAGAAAUCUAGACAGGAACCUUGAGAGCUAAUUAUUGUGUUGGGAUCGUCAUCAUGGGGUGGCUAUGACGUCACAGAAGAAUCGACCGCUCUGGCAUAAAGUCUGCGCAGCAGAGUGUAUAUUAUAUAUAUAUCUAUAUAGGAAGGUGCACGUGUGCCAAAGAAACUCAAACGAGGAGGAUAGAUAGAGGAAGGGAAAGACGACGCUAUUAUAAUGGAGCAAAACUUGGAAGGUGUUUUGAAGAUCAUCAUAAUAAUGUGAAUGCUGUGUGUUAUUAUACACGAUGGAAAAUUAAAAACGAAUUCCCAGGUGGGGAUCCUCUUUUCAAAGCUGUGGGUCAGGUGAUUUCGUUUGUCUCCAAAGAUCGGUUAGGGCAACAAGGCGCAGGACCAUUUUUGGAGUUAAAUUUUGAAUGAUAUUUUUCUCGUGAAGGAUUGAAUUGAAAAAGGAAUUCGAAAACUAUAUUCUGGACCUGAAUACAUUCGGAUAUUGACAAGAAUCAAGAUUAUAGUAGUAGUAGUAUUAUACCCCCGCUCGCCUACGCACGCAUGCACACUUCAAUAUACACAGCAGUCUUGUUCUGGCGUUUCCAGGGAUUGUAUAUACCAACACGAUGGAGUGCGCCAUUUUGUAGUGGUGUCCAGUGGACGCUCUCUCUCUCUUUUUCUCUCUCUCGGGGUUGUUUUUAUAUAUCUAUAUAUAUGGACGUCACAUAGUGUCAAUGAACAGGAAUUAACAACGAAAUCUCAGUGUGCAAAUCUGUCAUUGCUUUUUUGUGUUAUUGUGUUGAUGAAAACGAAAAAAAAAAUCAUUGUGUGCUCCGUUUUUCAUCGUCUGGUAUAAAAUACAAUAUAAAAGGAGAAGGAUUUUACAUGGCGCUGAAAGCGUAUAUUUGAUGGAUUCAUAAAGAGUCAUUGCCGUCAACAGGAGUGCGAUGCACAGCGAAUGAAGUUCUUGAAAGAAUGCAAGUAUGCGCACUCCUGCUGAAACGGAAAUGCUCUCCCAGCCAGAGUCGUACAAGUUCGAACCUCAAGAAACUGGCACCUCCUCCGAUGUCAACCAGGUGGUUUUAACAACUUCCCAACCGGAAACACAUAUUUUUACGAACAGUAUGCUCUGUAUUCAAGAGGAACUGGAGCAGUUGGGCGGAAUUGCAGGGGGACCGAUAAUAAGCGUGCCCCCUGGAUCUCAACUACCUGACAAUAGUCACACCCACUCGGAGAGCAAUAAUUCGAGUGACACUGCCACAAAAUGCAAUGCGGGGUCAGGGACCUUGGAUGCUCAAAGUUCCAGUCUUCUUGGCAAAGUAUUGGGAUGUAUUAUGCCCGUAUGGACUUCAGUGCUGGCAAAAACAGCCGGCGGUGAUAAAAUAAAAGGACAAACCGACGAUUGGGAAAUUCCUUUUGAAUCGAUUAGCGAACUUCAAUGGUUGGGUUCAGGAGCUCAAGGUGCAGUUUUUAGUGGAAAAUUAAAUAAGGAAGUUGUAGCUGUUAAAAAAGUGAGAGAGCCACGCGAGACUGAUAUAAAACAUUUGCGGAAGCUCAAUCAUCCAAAUGUUGUACAAUUCAAAGGUGUAUGCACACAAGCGCCUUGUUAUUGUAUAAUAAUGGAAUUUUGUCCAUAUGGACCAUUGUACGAUUUAUUAAGAGCUGGCGAACCUGUACCACCACCGAGAUUAGUCUCAUGGUCAAAGCAAAUUGCUGCCGGUAUGGCGUAUCUUCAUAAUCAUAAAAUAAUUCAUCGCGAUCUUAAAAGUCCAAAUGUAUUAAUUGGUCGUGGUGAAGUUGUGAAAAUAAGCGAUUUUGGCACAAGUCGCGAAUGGAAUGAAAUAAGUACACGUAUGAGUUUUGCCGGUACUGUUGCAUGGAUGGCACCGGAAAUAAUAAGAAAUGAGCCAUGUUCAGAAAAAGUUGAUAUUUGGUCGUACGGUGUUGUUUUAUGGGAAUUAUUAAGUGGUGAAAUUCCUUAUAAGGAUGUUGAUUCAUCGGCAAUAAUAUGGGGUGUUGGAAAUAAUUCACUUCAUUUACCAAUACCAUCGAGUUGUCCUGAGGGUUAUCGUUUAUUGGUGAAACAAUGUUGGUCGGCAAAACCACGUAAUAGGCCAUCGUUUAAACAUAUUGAAAUUCAUUUACAAAUUGCCGCUGAGGAUGUAUUGUCAACUGAGCCUGAGGAAUAUUUUCGUACACAACAAUCAUGGAAGGAGGAAAUACGAGUUCAUUUAAAGCAAAUGCAAACAAAUACAUCGACCACACCUCGUUUUGAAGCGGAUCUUAUUCGUCGUCGUGAAGAUGAAUUGAGGCACGCACAGGACAUCCGUGAACAUUAUGAGAGAAAAUUGGAACGUACGAAUAAUCUCUAUUUAGAAUUGAGUGCAGUUUUACUUCAACUUGAGCAACGUGAACGCGAUGUUAUAAAACGGGAACAACAAUCGGGACAUAAAUCGGGUAAAAAAAGGCUCGUACAUCCGCUUUUAAAAGCGCAGGAGCGAUUUCAUCGAAGACGAAAUCCAUUUUCGCAUGUAUCAUCGUCAUCAACACCGACAACGCCACCAUCGCCGACAGAUUCACCUCAAAGUCCAGUGAAAGCAACACUUUGUACACAAUUAAAUGAUUCAAAUCAACCUGAAAGUGUUUUAAUGUCUGGCAAUAGUUUUAAGAAAAAAUAUCGUCAUCGUCGCGUUGGUUCUGGUUGUGGAAUUAGUUCAAGUCCAAAAUCAAGUCCAAAUCGUGAGAGAAAGAGUAAUGAGGUUGCAUUACGUUUAGUUGAUAAUGAAACGCAAACUGAUUUAUUGGGUUUGAAGGAAUUUAAUUUGAAGAAAGAUGCUGAUAAUUUAAAUACUUUAAAACAUAUUUCUGAACAAAAUUUAGAAUCUCAUAAUGGAAAUACAGUUUUAUCGGAUGAUUAUCAUGUGGAAUCUAGUCCGUGUUCAAGUCCAGAGCCAACGAGUGAGAAUCGUUUAAAUGGAAAUGAACAACUACGUGAGUGUAGCGAUGACGAUCAUCUUGAAACACUUGGUAGAAAAGUCAGCGAAAUUCUAAACGCAAAUCGACAUGUUUCGCCCGUUGACAAUGGAAAUUGUAAUGACAUUGCACCUCACAGGAUAAAAGAAGAUGUGUUGCGAUUACCGGGACAUUUUUGUGGAAUAAUAAUAAAUGGAUCAGAUAUCGAAAAAUCUGAUAAUCUACAUAAAUCGAGUGCGGAUAAUGUUGACGCCCUUGGUAAUCAAGACGGUGAUUUUAGAGAAGAAGAAAGUUGGUCCGAUGAAGAGGGAGAGGAUCCAAGUUACACCUAUAAUUAUUCCCUUAGAAGAAGAAGCAUCGCAAGAAGACCAAUUGGACCUGGCUGUAGAUUAAGAAGAUUUAAGCAUUCCUCAAAAAUCGUGAAAGGAGUUUUAGUGUCUGAUGAAGAGAACACUUCCGAAUACUCACAUCCUCCGUCCAGUCAAUCUUCAACCCUUGAAAGCAAUCCAGAUGUACAAAGAGCUUUUCGCAAUAUUCAUUCACAUAAAAGGAAACAAAUCGACGAUGGAACAGAUUCAUCGAGUCAAUCUGAAACAGAUGAAGUAAGCGAGAUUACAAUUUCGUCUCAAAGAGCAAAUGCAAAUUUAAAAUUAGAAAGUAGAGUUUAAUUUAUUUAACUUCUCUUACGUCUCGUUUUGAAUCUUACAGUAAAAAAAAAUUUCUUUCGGGACGUAAAAGUGAUAAGCUCGUAUUAUAUUAUAGAUGUGAGAUUGUCAAGUGUUGUGAAUAUAGUGCAAAAAGAAUUUAAUUCUAAAAAUAUGCUCAUUCAAGGCGAGCGAAAUAGUUAACAGCGUUUCAAGACUUAAUUGAAAAUUCAUACUCAUUCCAAUUAUUUUAUUGAGAUAGAAUCAUGACAAAGUAGCGAUAGAAAAUUUUCUCAUUUCUUUGUUGAUAUUGCACAUGAAAAAAAAAAAAAAAUUAUUCUUGAGCGCCUUUUUUUCUACUUAAAACUUGUACAUAAUGCCUCUUUGUACAAUUUUUUUAAUGCUAGACCUAACGAUAUGUAAAAAGUUUUUUUUUUAUAAUAGUUACUUUAGCAAGCUCGCUAGACAGAUAUUACGUUUUUGUAGUAUAUUCCAGUAUCCACAAUGUGGAUAAAAAAAAAAAAUCGUGUAGCGUGACUUGUUUAAAAUACAAAAUUGUAUCGAAAAAAAUUGCCUGAUAUAAUACGAACAAAAAAAAAAAAAGGAGAAAAACCCUUUUCUCACACUUGGAAUUCUGAUGUUAAAGCCCAAAACGAGUACAACAAAAAAAAAGUCAAUUGAUGAAAGAAAAACGUAAAAUUAGAAAUAAUAUAUUUAAAACUAAACAAUGAAAGUUAAAUUCAUUAUUAAACGAAUUUAGAAAAAAAAAUUCGAAUUUUUAAAAAGAAAAAAGAGAAAUUUAUAUUUUCAAAAAUAUAUUCUAAUUGUUGUUUCAUAGAGUUUUUAUUUCUUGUAAUUUUUACUCGAUAUCCGAUAUUAUUUUUCGGAUACGAGACAAAAUUGAUUAAAAAAUGAAUUUUGAAGAUUUCUACACAAUUAUAAUUGAGAAAAAGAAAAGAUCUUGUUAAAAGAAGAAUAAAAAAAAAUAGUAUUUAUAUUAUAGUCAUGUAGAAAAAACGUAGCUUUGUAUAGAAUCUUUCAAAUAUAUUAUACACACAAGUAUACAAAUUAGAUGAUAAAAUCGUAUUGUGCAAUUUAAUGUUUGUAUUCCCAGUUAAAUAUUGUAUUGGUCCAGUACUUUACAUAAAGAAAGUUGAUUCUGUGAGUCGAAGACAAAUGCAUUUUUUUUUUUUUUAGAUUUUAUAUAUUGCAAUGCAAUUAGUGAAAAAAAAAUCACAUUCCGUAUAAGGAAAAGUGGAAAUCGAUUUGAAAUUGAAAUUAAAAAUUAAAUAAACAAUUUAAGAAAGAAUUUAAUUUCUAAUAUUUAUAAAAAAAAAUUCUAUGGACCACUUUCCCUUAUAUUUUGAUGAAUUUAAGUAAUUAAAUAAAAAUAGCAAUUUUAUCGUUCGUACCUGCGCUUGUGAACUCAAAUUGCCUUAAGGACAAUUAACGAAUAUUUGUAAAUAAUGACAAUAUAAACCUCAAACUUUAAUAAUUGAAUAUAAGCCUGAGAAUCAGAGUAAACGCAUUAUUCGAAUAACACGUGUAAGAUUUAUUUAUAAGAUAUUUAAAAGUGUACUUUUUGCAGUAAUUAUAUACAUACUGUAUUUCUGCUAUUUAUUCGAGUAGUGACAAAAAAAAAAAUGUCAGCCACGUAGAAAUGAUCCGUCAAAUUCAUGUCACGUAUUAUACAAAUAAAAAUCUAUAGUUCAUUCUAUAGAUUCUUAAAAGAUA